AUGGUUGCGCAAGUGCAGAGCUUAGGAGACUUGAUCUCCUCGCUGUUGGACUGCUCUUCCACAUAUUUUGGAUCUGAUGAAAUAAAAAAUGAGGUAAGUGAUGCUUUGAAGUCCAUUGGCAUUCAUCAACCGAACACCCUACUCACCGCUUGUCAUCACUAUUUGUUACAAAACCCUAAGUUAUCACCAUCAUGUAAGGCAUUUGUUUUGAUUGCGAUUGACAAUGUUGUGUCGGAUGCGAAAAUUGUCAGUGAACUCGAUGAACAGUUGGUACUUCUCAUCAUCAAUCUUGCAACACAAGAAAUGACGAUGACUAGUAAGGAUGCUGACACGGAUUGGGCUGAUGCAGCGAAGAACGUUCUUGUGACAUUAGCGAAGACUCCUCGUUUUGUGACUCAUGUACUAGAUGCCGUUCUGCAGAAGUUCCCGCCAGGAUUAACCACAAGUCCUCAUCGCUAUAUUGUCCUGACAAUGGCAACUAUAGCGGAACACAAUCCAUUUGGAUUAGUGCCAUUCCUUACUGAUAUUCUGUCUAGAACUGUUCCUUUGUUAAGCCAUGUUCGCAAUGAUUCUCUCAGAUCGGCUUGGACUCGUGCGAUUUGCGCCUUUUGUGAAGCUGUUCGUGAAUGCGAAACAGAGAGGCCAAAGGAAGCUGAUGAGCAAGAUUUAGAAGUUAUCAAUUCCUCUCCGAAUCAUGACCACGAAAUAGAUCGCCAUACAAUGUUGAGCAGAACUACAUACACAGACCAAGCUGAAGCCAUUUAUGAAGUUGUCUUCAACUGGAUGUACAGCAAGGAUCCAAAAACGCGUGCUGAAGCUGGUGAAUGUAUCGGCGAACUAUGUUUGAUGAUUCGACCUGAAAAAGUAGUGGACGAUCUCAAAAAACUUGUGAACACUAUAUUGGGAUUGUAUAAGAAAGCAUAUACGGAACAGCACACCAUCACUAAGGCAGUUUGUCGUUUUCUCGAAGCGACAUGUGCUAACGAAGCGUGUCCUCUUGAGCCAUAUGUUGAAGAUGUGUUAAAUGCACUUUUUCCAAAUGCGUGCCUUGAUCCUGAUGAUACAUCUACAGCUUUAACCCCUAUGGCCAUCAAGAAUCACAGCGAAGCAUUCCGGUGUUUCCAUGUUGCAGCUUCACGUUUCGCUGACAAGAUUGUAUACUACCUGCUGCACAAAAUACAAAGCGUUGUUGACAUGCAGAAAUUGGGUGCUAUAAAUGUGUUACGUCAUCUUCUUAAUUCUGCAGGUCAGUACAUGGAGGACAAGAAGUCGUUAUUAAUGAUGGGUCUGAGAAAGUUAUUAGCUCCGGAAAAUGUGGCCACUACAAAGGUGAAACGUGCUGUCGUUCAAUUAUGUGUGGCAUUGUCCGAUCAUGCAUAUGUGGAUGCUGAGGGUGGCGAUCAUGUUAUAGCUUUUUUAGUUCGUAACCUUGUGCUUCCUACUGAACAAGAAACUCAGGGACGUCGAGUCGAUGCUGAUGUGGCUGGAUCCAACCAGUUACGAACUCAGUGUGGUCAGGCGCUGAGUACCAUUGCUAGCACUUGCAUAUGUGCAAAUAAGUUACUAUGGCCGUAUCUAUUCGAGUUUAUAUGCAUGGAGCGCUACUUUCCAGUGGUUGGAGACAUCUGUAAAUGUCUCAGAACUUUGGUAGCAAGAGAGGUGGAAGCUGGAAGAGAGCUAGAUUUUGAAACAGGGUUUGACAACGCUCGAGUUGCUGGUAACCACGCUGUACUUGCUAGACUAUUCGUUUGCCUGUGUAAUGCGCCGCUGAAUGGGCUUCUCGCGAGAAGAGCAAGAGAAGGCUACGGCUUGAUGCGUGCGUUAAGUUCUUGGUUCAAUCCGGCUAUCACUGAGGUGCUAGAGAAGUGGUCUGAGCGAAUAGAUUCACUACUGGAUGAAGUGUGCAGUGGGUCUCUUCCAAGUCCAACCGGCGAGUCUUCACCUGCCGUAGAACUACGAGGUCGAAGAAUAGCGAGAUGGCAUGAGGCAUGCCUAGAAUUGUUGUCAGCUUGUAUGUCCGUGGUGGUAGAUGGAGAGUGGCGAAUGAGUUUGGCAGCGGUCAUGGGAAAACAACUGGAUUUGUACAAGGACUAUCCCGACGAGAAGGCUUUUCUUUUGCGAUGUCUUGGUACAGCACUGUCAAAAAUAGCACUCAAGUCAUUUGUUGUUGAUCAUCUAAUGUUGAUGUUCAAAUCCACGCAACACAACAUCCCCACCGAGAGACAAGGAUGUGCGAGGGGAGUUGGAGCAUGCGCAGCGACCCACACUGAUCUAGUUCUUGUUGAGCUAGAGAACGUUUCGAAAUGGGAACAUGCAAAAAGAAGCAGUGGCUUCUUUGGCUUCAUAAAGGAUGCCAUGCCGAUCCGCCAGUACACAGACACAGAAAUGGUCCUGCUCCGAGCUACUCUCAUGCUCAGCUAUGGAUAUGUUGUGCAGGCUUGCCCUCUUGACACUCUUACGCAACGUCUACAACAGACAAUAAUCACUUUCUUGCGACAUUACUUCGCCAACACCAAACAAGAGACUGUAGUUCGUGAAGCUAUGCUUGAAACGAUGAGACUUAUCGCCAUCUCGGUUCACCCCACAAGACUUCCAGGAGAGUAUCGCUUCGAGGCUCGGAAUGAAUUGAUUGGAUACAUCAAGGACUAUGUACAAAGUGAAACACCCGAAAUGUUGUCUAGCUCGUUGCGGCUCCUUGCAGCUAAAGCUGCGGCAGCUCUUGUUCGACUGGAGCCACCCCUUAAUGACGAUGAUACGUGGGAAUUGGGUCGAGUGUUAACGCAGUACAUACUGCCGAUGUGUCGCGAGAAGAGUGGGCUCAAAACGUUGGCAUAUGAUCUGUUCGAUUACGCGUCGACGUCGAUUUCCUCAUUCACGUCCUCAAGUAGUCGUAUCGGCACGAAGAAGAUCGAUGAUGAUGAAUCUGCAACUAUCAUGGAUGCUACAGUAACCCAAUACACUAACGCACUAGAGGCCGUAGUCGAAAUGCGACCGACUGUCACCACCGUGACACUCAUACUGAAGAUGCUUCAACCGUAUUACGGCAAACUGGCAGAACACGAACGGAGCAGAUCAAUCGAUGCAACCGUACAGGUGUUGCGGGUGUACUUGGAUAGAGCUGAGGAUAUAGCUAUCGGCAUUGCUAGCGAUUUUGGUCCACUCUCUUCGCUUUUGGCUCGGUUAUCCCCGAGAUUAGUCGAUUCAUUGGCUCUUGUACGUCAUCAGUCAUUGGCAGCUAUUCAUUAUGCAUUCCGUCUGGCCAAUGCAUAUAAAGGCCAUGGCGUCCACGUCGACUCAAGUUUGUUCCGAAUCGACGACUUUGCUAAAAACUAUCUGAACAACGAGGGACGUCUCGAUGCUAACGAUGCUAAGAAAGCAGUGAGGAAAAUGGCGGAGGUUAUCGAAGCUCGUUUACCCCAAUGCCAGAUGCAAACUUAUCUGUCUGCGCUGUUUGAGAUGAUGACAGAUCGUCAGAGUCAGGUUUCUUCUGCUGCUGCUCAACUCCUGACGCAUUCGCUCACCUGUCGUGGAGCUGCACUUGUUCAUGAAGCCGACACGCUUGUCACCACAAUCCUCGCUCGCUUGCCGGAAGUGCACUCAUGCGUGCAAACGUACACUGAUCUCCUGACAGCUUUAGUUGCGUUUGCAGCUCAUCAACAGACGGUUGUCUGCGACGUUAUGCUGAGGCAGCCGUUGCCAUAUUCUGUCCAGUUACUUGAUGCAUGGGAAUGCGUGUCGCGUGAGCGAACUCUGUUCACACCCACGCUAGAUUACCUGUUGGAGUUGUUAGCUGGCGCAUUAGAACAACCGUACGAUGUCAUGGAUACUGGAGGUGGCAGCUCAGUGAAAAUUGUGCACGUUGAGCCAUGUCAGUACACCUCUGCGAUAGCGGAAGUGGUCAAGAAUGGUGAACCAGAAUGGUCCUUGAACGAAAGAGUUCCUUUACUUCUUGCUGCUCUGUUCCAUAUGAUUUGUAGUGUAUCUGACACACAGUUUCCUGUGGUUGUCAAGGAAAACAAAGAUGGGUCAAAACAGCCUUUGAUUAUUACUCCUGAGCUGAGGAGGUCUGCAGAACGACCGGCAGGCAUAGCUGUCGCAGGCCUCAAAACGUUGUUUUUAAGAACUCAUACAUCAGCUGUUAUUGAGGACAUGAAUCAGGCUCGUGGAUGGACGGAGUGCCUAGAUCGUGAGAUGUUCAUAGACGCAAUUACAGUGCUAGUACGUUCACUUGUGGAACAUCGCCCUGACUGGGUAGACCCACUGGCUAGAUCUGUGAUGGAGAAAGCUAACAGUGAGAGAGAACCAAUUCGACUUACGGCUGUCAUCGUGUCAUCGGCGCUUGUGCGAAAAUCCCCAGAUUCUAAUGGAGACUUUAACGAGAAGUUAUUGAUUGACUGUGUGCGGUUGUUAGAAAAUUCCCUUACCGAUCAGAGUCUUCGUAUUCGAAAGCUGUGUGUGCGUGGACUUGGCGAGCUAUCGGAAUGUUCUUCUGAAGCAAUUGCUGCGAGAUUUGCUGGAGUGGCUGUCGAGGCUGCAAUGGGCGGGCUUGAUGAUCUGGGCGACAAAAACGAUACGGUUGCAAUGGAAUCUAUUAUUGCUCUGAAUAAACUUGUUUCUCGAACUAACGAUACUCAACUCCAUUCCAUACUUCGCCAAGUGUUACUGAAAAUUCGUCCUUGCUUUGAGAAGGAGUCGGCUCCUCUUCGCGCCGCGUCCUUUAGCCUUUUUGGUGGGUUGGGUGCGAGGGCUGAUAGCAAUAACGAGGAAUUUAUGGCUCACCUUCACGCCAAUAUUGUUGCUGUCUUACUUCAUUUGAACGACGAAAGUGAAGACGUGAGAAAUGCAUGCAGUACGACUCUCAAUCAAGUUCACAGCUUGCUCGGCGUGGGAACGUUUUCGUCCAUAAUCGAACGUGAAAUGAAGGGUUGCCGUCCGCCUGCCAGUUAUUCUGCUGUGCAACGGGAUCUCGCUAGCAUUUUGGCGUUGUCGUUUCCUGAUCGAGUGAAUCAGUACGCGUUAACGUGCAGCAACUACUUCAAAAGUUCGAAUGCACGAAUUCGAGCAAAUGCAGCACUUCUCACUGGUCAUAUGUUAGGUGUUCUCACUCCGCAGCUUCGAGCUACCAUCAGCAAGGACCUCAUCUUUUCUAGUCUUGUGCUGCUCCUGAAGGAUCCGGAAGAUGUGAGUGUGCGCAUCGCAGCUGCAAAAGCAGUUGAGGAGGAUACAGUACCUCUUUUGAUUCCCCAAGUUCUGACGCGACGACGCCGCAACAACAAAAAACAACAGAAGACUGUUAGCAGACUUGGUCAGUGGAUCAGCUGA